AUGUCCAUGCGCCUGGCCAUGAAGGCGAGCCUCGAGAGUGCCCAGAUGGACGAGAAGGAGAAGCAGAAGCAAUUACGCAAGGCCAAGAAGGAGGCCAAGCGCGCGCGCAAGGCCGAGCUCGCCGCGGCGGCCGAGGCCGCGGCGCCGGCGGCCGCGCCGGCGCCGGCGCCGGCCGCGCCCCCCGCGCCCGCGGCCGACCCCGAGCCUCCGGCCGCGGCGCCCCCGGCGCCCCCACCACCGGCCGCGCCCAUGGACACGGCGCCGCCGGCGCCGCCCAAGCCCGCCGCGCCGCCGCCCGAGCCCGCCGCGCCGCCGCCCGUCGCCGCGCCGGCGCCCGAGGCACCGGAAGCACCGGCCGCGCCGGCGCCCGAAGCACCGGAGCCCGCACCAGAGCCGGCAGAAGCGCCCACCCUGCGCGCCCGCAUCGCCACGCACCUCGACGCCCUCCUCAAAGAGGUCGACCUCGACGAGAUGAACAUGAAGUCGCUGCGCAAGAAGGUCGCCUCCGAUUUGAGUAUUGAAAUUGCGGGCGAGGACAAGGACUGGUUCAAGGAGCACGUGACGAAGCGCGUCCAAGAGCGAAGUGCUCCAGACGAGGAGGACGAGGACCCGCGCCAUCCAUUCAUAUCGGAGGACAUGUCUGCUGUCGUGGGCGUGUCCCGAGCGAACCAUUUUCGACUCGUCAAGCUCCUGUGGAAGUACAUCAAAGCUCAUGAUCUCCAGAACCCGGCCAACAGAAAUGAAAUACUGUGCGAUGAAAAACUAAAAAAGGUCUUCAAGAGGGAUAAGGUCACGGGCUUUGGCAUGUCCAAGUUACUCGGUCAACAUAUUUUUAAAGAUGGCGAGGCGACCAAGCCGAAAGCUCCCAAAAAAAAGAAGAAGCAACGAGAGCCGUCUGACGAUGAAGAGAGUGACGAGCAGCCGAAGAAGAAGAAGAAGAAGGCCUAUCCGAAACCCGCGGCGCAGUACAAAGGGUCGGCGGCGCUGGCGGAGUUCGCGGGCGUCGAGACGAACAAUAGAUUUACUUUGUCAAAAAUCUUCUGGGCGCACAUCAAGGCCAAUAAUUUGCAGAGCGACCCGUCGAACAAGCGCAUCAUCGUCUGUGAUGAUAAGCUCAAAGCGUUGUUUGGGGUCGAGCGGUUCGAAAUGUUCCAGCUGGCGAAGCACAUCAAGAAGCACUUCGAGGGGGGGGAGGAGGAGUAAGUUCACAUAUAAUUUA